CCAUAUAUUGUUUGAUACUGGAGUCCAUAAUCCACAGGUAAAUAGAGGGUGCAGAAAAUUGUGUAUUUUAAAAACAGCACAUGAGGUUAUUGAUAAAUGACAAAUUGGUUUUUACUUAUCAAUUAAGUUUUUAUCUCUCCAGAAAUUUGGUUUAUGCACAUUACACUGUUAAGCUUAAGAUAGAGAGCUGAGUUUAGAUUAUCUGAGAUCAACAAAAAGCCAGAGUUAUGGUGAUAGCAAAUAACUUGAUACAGUAUGCGAAGGCCUAUUGUAAAUUGUGGGCAUGAUGUUUUAUGCUUCAUUUUGUGAUAACUAGAAUUUUCUUAAGGAUAAUCUCUUUCAAGGGAAGCUUAACUACAGGAAAACGAAGGCCAUGGAGUGGGAUCUUGCUGUAUGGGCCUCCUGGUACAGGAAAAUCCUACUUAGCAAAAGCAGUAGCAACCGAAGCAAACAACUCAACAUUUAUAUCUGUUUCAUCAUCUGACCUAGUGUCUAAGUGGCUUGGAGAAAGUGAACGGCUUGUAAAGAACCUAUUUGAAUUAGCACGAGAAAAUAAACCAGCCAUUAUUUUUAUUGAUGAAGUUGAUUCCUUGUGUGGCUCAAGAAGCGAAAAUGAAAGUGAAUCGGCUAGGAGAAUUAAAACAGAGUUUCUGGUUCAAAUGCAAGGUGUUGGAAUUGAUAAUAAAGAUGUACUUGUCCUGGGAGCAACAAACAUUCCAUGGACUCUUGACUCUGCUAUCAGAAGAAGAUUUGAAAAAAGGAUUUAUAUCCCAUUACCUGAGGCAUCAGCUCGGGUAAAGAUGUUUGAGUUACAUAUGGGAAACAUCAAACACUGUAUUCAACCCACAGAAUUCAGGGAUCUAGCAGAGAAAACUGAAGGGUAUUCGGGCGCAGACAUCAGCAUUGUUGUGCGUGAUGCUAUGAUGCAGCCAGUCAGAAAAGUACAACAAGCAACACAUUUUAAACUGGUGAGGGGUCCCUCCCCACAAAACCCAGAAGUCAUAGCAGAUGAUCUCCUAACACCAUGUUCACCAGGGGAUCCGGGUGCAAGGGAAAUGACCUGGAUGCAAGUACCUGGAGAGAAGCUGUUAGAGCCUGUUGUUAAUCUGCCGGACAUGCUACGAUCCUUGGCAACUUCUAAACCGACAGUAAACUCUGCGGAUCUGAAAAAGUUUGAAGACUUCACCAGAGAUUUCGGACAAGAAGGAUAAAAUCAUUAGCAUCCCACAUUGUAAUAACAACGUUUCAUAGAAGUCUUUCAAAAUAAUCAGAGUUAGACAUUUCACUCUUAAUAUCCAUGAACCAAUCUCCCAACAGAUGGGCAUACAUUUAUUUGUUGUUUAUUCCUGAGAAUCUUGGGUAUUAUCAGGGCAAUACUUCUUUGUCUAUGAUUUUGUAAAUUCUCACUAUCUGGCUGUCUUAAAUAUCUUAAAAUUGUAACAAGAAUUCACAUGUUGAUCACUUAAAGGAAUGAAAGGGUUGAUGGAAGGGGCGUGGUCAUAUUUUUUUUAGGAAAUUUCAGUCCUAAAGAAAUAUACAUAGAAAAUCUGGAAAGAAGCACAUGAUAAACUAAAAUGACAUGGGUAUGAACCACAUGGGUUCCCUUUAAGCAAAGGAAAAAACUUCAGUAUGGCUGUACUUCAAGUUUACGGGAGAGUUUGUCUUGUUACAGGAAUUUUAUUAUUGACAGGGUGUUCCCAUAAAAUGAGCACAUUGAUAAAAUAGCGAAGAAAACAGAUUCACCGAGAAGCGUGACCUGCUGUUAACCCUUUUGAAUAAUUAAUUUACCCAUCAUUGUAAACAAGAGAAACUAAGCAUCGAAUUUUUUGUUACGCUUUAUCAAAGGGAGGAAGUUUACUUCACGCGACAUUUUAUUGUAGAAAGGCUUAGCUUAGUAUAAGUUUCAUUACAAGAGUGGGCAAAGGCUGGAACAACAGCUGCCAAUAAGUUUUAUCCCCAUAUAACUGAUCGUUGAAACUCUCAGUAUACCUCUAUGUUUGAAAAUUUUAUGGGUCGCAGUAAAUUGCUGUUGCUCUGAGAGCUUCAA